GAAACAACCACCACGAUGGCUUCGACUCCUGACCCCAUCUCGGUGUUGUUCGUGUGCUUGGGAAACAUUUGUCGUUCUACAAUGGCCGAGGCAAUUUUCAGAUCCAUGGUAUCAAAGCCUCCGUAUUUAGGAUUGAUAUCCGUGAUUGAUAGCUGUGGUACUGGGGCAUAUCAUACUGGAAGCAGCCCGGAUUCCAGAACCAUGUCGACACUCGAGGACAAGGGAAUUACAGAUUAUGAUCAUGCAGCUCGAAAGAUUCAUACUUCAGACUUCCAGAAGUUUGACUUCAUCUUUGCUAUGGAUAGAGACAACCUUCGAGACCUGCAAAGAAUCCAUCAGCGAGCUGGUGGCAAGGCAACUGUCAAGUUGUUUGGAGAAUUCAGUGGGAAGAAACGUGCGGAAGAAGUUGACGAUCCUUACUACGGAGGAAGGGAUGGCUUUGAGGAGGCUUACCAGCAACUCACGCGGUUCACAAGGAACUUCUUGAAAGAGACAUUUCCAGAUAUCGACGCUUGAAGAUAUCUUGAUGACACAGACGGAAAUAAGGAAGAGGCUCUGCUUGGGAACUCGCAAGGGCAAUACUAGCUAUUCACAGCCUCGUGACUUGUCUCAGACGCAAGGCAUCUGCAGUGGCGGGGUAAUACUGACUGCCGAGGCGUUUGAGCGUUGUAAUUCCGAUCGAUGAUGAGGAAAAAUGAAAAAACGGCAGGUCUAGAGACAAAUCUUGUUCGUGACUUGACCUGGUCGCCCUCGGGUCUCAGCCAAGGCAAAGGAACACAGCCUCAGCGAUGAUGAUGCGUCGACCCCCCUUAAUUGGCUGUGGCUGUGCCACUCAGCUGAUGAUCCGGCGCUGCGAUCGCAGCGUCGCGUCGGGACUAGAAAUAGAAAAUAAUCUGUAAUAAUAAUGGAGACAUGGUUGCU